AUGCGCCAGCUAUCGAAUGCCGCGCGCAUCGAGCUUGGGAUUAAUCCCCCCCUCCGUUGGCAGCACGUUGCUAAGAAUAAGUCGUUGGUGGGCCGGGCCCAAGGGCUACUGGCGCCAGUUAAUGGCUCUGAGCGAUACGUGACAAUCGGGCGCGGACACACCGCGGCUUUUUGCAAGCAGGCAGGGGUGCAGGGCAGGGCGUCUGAGACGGCGUUACAAAUGCUUAAUUCAGAUCUGAUUGACGUGCAGAAGUUGUGCCAGAACGCGCAAUUCAAACUCAUGGUUGAGAAAGGCUGGGCGUGGGAGGUGGUCCCAAGUAUCAUUGGCGAGCUUUUCCCAGGCUUUGCCCAUGUAGCCCAGGAAGCUUUGAACACCCAGAAUCACAUCGGCACGGAGGUCGGAGAGCUGGAGACUUGCAUGACUUCGGCGGCGAGUGCCAAUGACCCAGGGAUGCGCGAGCUCGCGGGCUGGAAGGAUACGGCUAUCGAGAACGUAGUUUCGCUCAACGUGCCGAGCGCAAAAUACAGCAAGACCUUGCUUGACUUCGUCGGAAAUUUCGGCGGUGGCGACGGCGCUCCCCUUGUUUCGUUCAUGGACUCUGUUGCAAAGCAACGUGGUUGCAACGCUACGCUGGGGCAAACUCCUUGGGAAGCGCUGGCCCACGCAGUUUUCGCAUCGAAGACCAACCUGCAUCCUUUGAUUCGGGUGGCGGUUGCAAUUGCAAACCUCACGGGCGACAAGGUUGAGGACGGCGUGGCGCGCUUGUUCGUGAAGAAUGACGUCGCGAAGCUUGCCGGCAAGCCUAAGAUGGCUGAAGCAGGUGCUGCUGAGCGAAUUCUUGACGAAGCCAUGGGCGUCGCAAAGGGGCUCGGCGGCAUCGAUGCGGCGUUGGAGCCGUUAGGGCAGCUAUUCGUGAGGGCUGCGUUAAAGCUCGCGGGAAAGGAGAGGAUGGGCCGGGAGGGCAAAGAGUGCAAGUGGGGCGACAUUCGCAACGCAUUCUUGCACAGCCUCAGCUGCCUUAAGGGUCGGGCCAUCACGUUCGACGACGCGGCGACGCUCGACGACCACAAGGACCCGACAUGGAUUGCCAAGAGGGCUGGGUAUUCGGCCGGGCUCUUCGCAGUCCAGAAGGCCAUUGCACCUUCAGCCCAGAGGGUUUACACUAUCUUCAGCACCGGCCAGACCGUCAAGCUCCACGAAGCUGUCAAGCGCGACGCGGACCGAGAGCCACACACGGCUGAGAUUACCUUGGCCGAUCUUCUUGAGCAGUGGGUUGUUUCGAAAGUUGAGCCGCCAAGGCAGAUGGGCGGUGAUCAGCAGCGCCCGCAGCAGCUGUACAUCGACAAGCAGAAGGCUGCUUUGUACCGAGCCCUCCUCGAGCUAGAUGCUAAGCACCUGGGCAAGCAUAAGCUGGCCUUCUGGCGGAAGCCAGAUGAGGUUCGGACCACGAGCGCGAUCAAGCAGGGUCAGCUUACUUUGGUACCAGCGGCACCAUUUAUCAACAUAAGCACGAAGAACGCUGGGUCUGGCAUUUCACUUGGCGAUCACGCAAUUGACAGCGAUACCACGCUUGAGUUGUUCGUGCUGCCUGUGGCGAGGCCGCGCGACAAUGGUGCCACCAAGUUUCACGAAGCCGCAUUCGUGGCUGCACACUGGUGGGUCGGGACAACCUUCUAUAAUAAGCAAGCCAAUAUGGCUUCGAGGCAUGUGCCACACGGUGGCUUCAUGUUGCCUGUGCUGACCAACGCUGUCGACGUCGGGCCCAACGUAAAGCUCCAGAUGUUCGUCAAGCCAAAGGCUAAGGCGGCGCCGAUCCACGAGCAGAGCGCUAGCGCCAAGAAGCAGAAGAAGUCUUGA